CUGGAUCGCGCGAGACGGGCGCAGCUGCCAGGGCCGCACGCGAGGCCCAACUUUUACCGGUCACUUUUUUUUUUCUUUUUUCUUUUUUUUUGGCCUCACCUAGUUUUUAUAUCUUUAUUAUUUCCCCCUCGGACCUUACAGUGGACACAGUGACUCACUUUUUAACGGUUAAAUUGUAAUCCUUUGCCACUUCUAUUGAUUUUACAGCUAGUUUUGGAGUUGUUUUCGUCCUGUAAGGUGAUUUAAAGGCAGUUUGACGUCUUUAAGCUAACUGGCUAACCUGAGGUAAAAGUGACGUCAUCGAGGGAAAACGUCCUCACGGGUUGUAAGUGACGCCGGAGGAAGUUUAGGUGUUUUUCUGCUUUAUGAAGUUUUUGGCCCCAAACUUUGUGAUAAACUUUUAUUUUCGGUGUGUGGUGAUUUUGAGCAGCCGGUGAUUAGCAUGCUAAACAGGUGCGGCUAGUCUGCACACUCGGCUUUAUUGGCUUCUCACUGGAUUCUUUAAACGGUGCUAAGAUCUACUUGGCUUGCGGUCGUCAUGGCGUCUUCAGUUAAAGUGGCAGUUCGCGUGCGGCCCUUUAACACCCGCGAGAUGAACCGUGGAGCAAAGUGUGUGAUCCAGAUGCAGGACAAGUCCACCUGCAUUACCAACCCCAAACAGCCCAAAGACACAGCCAAGAGCUUCACAUUUGAUUAUUCCUACUGGUCACACAACACAGCAGAUGACCCAUGCUUUGCGUCACAGAGGCAGGUGUAUUUGGACAUCGGAGAAGAAAUGUUGCUUCAUGCCUUCGAAGGCUACAACGUUUGUAUCUUUGCAUAUGGACAAACUGGAGCUGGAAAAUCCUACACAAUGAUGGGCAAACAGGAGCCUGAGCAGCAGGGCAUCAUCCCACAGCUCUGUGAAGACUUGUUCAAACGUACUGCAGAAAACUACGACCCUGACCUGUCCUACUCUGUGGAGGUGUCGUAUAUGGAGAUUUACUGUGAGCGUGUGAGGGAUUUGCUAAACCCGAAAAGUAAAGGCCCGCUCAGGGUCAGAGAACAUCCCAUCAUGGGGCCUUAUGUAGAGGAUCUGUCCAAGUUGGCUGUCACCAACUACAGCGACAUCGCAGACCUGAUGGACUGUGGCAACAAAGCCAGGACGGUGGCCGCUACCAACAUGAACGAGACGAGCAGCCGCUCUCACGCCGUGUUCACCAUCCUGUUCACACAGAGACGCCACGACCAGAUGACCAACCUCGACACUGAGAAGGUGAGUAAGAUCAGUCUGGUUGACCUGGCAGGAAGUGAGAGAGCGGAUUCAUCCGGGGCAAAGGGCAUGAGGUUAAAGGAAGGUGCAAACAUAAACAAAUCUCUCACUACACUGGGCAAAGUCAUCUCAGCACUGGCAGAUAUCCAAAGCACCAAAAAGAGGAAGUCUGAUUUUAUUCCUUACAGAGACUCUGUUCUGACUUGGCUGCUGAGAGAGAACCUGGGGGGGAACUCUCGUACAGCCAUGAUUGCUGCUCUGAGUCCAGCAGACAUUAACUAUGAGGAAACCCUCAGCACACUCAGGUAUGCGGACCGAGCAAAGCAAAUCCGCUGUAAUGCCAUCAUUAACGAAGACCCGAACGCUCGUCUGGUCAGAGAGCUUAAAGAGGAAGUGUCAAGACUCAAAGAGCUGCUGCUGGCUCAGGGUCUCAGUGACCUAAUACCUGUUGCAGGAUCUUCUGUAGUUGGAGGUUCAGGUGUAUCCCAGCAGCCCACUGUCUCUGGUGCCCAGAUUACCCAUGAUGCACCAAUCGAAGACCUCCUACCCACCAGCCCAGUAAAACCUAUUAGCAAAGAGGAAGCUGUGGAGAGACUGAAGGAAACAGAAAAGAUCAUUGCAGAGCUGAAUGAGACAUGGGAAGACAAACUGCGCAAGACUGAAUCCAUACGAUUAGAGAGAGAGGCCCUGCUGGCAGAGAUGGGAGUGUCCAUAAGAGAGGACGGAGGGACCGUCGGUGUAUUUUCUCCCAAAAAAACUCCACAUUUAGUGAACUUGAAUGAAGAUCCUUUGAUGUCAGAAUGUUUGCUGUAUUACAUUAAAGAUGGAAUAACCAGGGUCGGACAGGAGGAUGUAGAUAUUCGUCUGAGUGGUCAGUUUAUAAAGGAGCUUCACUGUGUUUUCUGCAGUGAAGUAGAAGAAAAUGGGGAAGUUGUUGUGACUUUAGAGCCAUUACCUGGAGCAGAAACGUAUGUUAAUGGCAAACAGAUCACAGAAGGAGUUGUGCUCAAACAAGGUAACCGAGUGGUAAUGGGGAAGAACCACGUGUUUCGCUUUAAUCAUCCUGAGCAGGCACGGUUAGAAAGAGAGCGCAGUGCCACACAGGACCAGCAGGGGGAGCAGGUGGACUGGAGCUAUGCACAGAAAGAACUGCUGGAAAAACAAGGCAUUGAUAUUAAACAGGAGAUGGAAAGAAGGCUGCAGGAUUUGGAGAAUCAGUACCGUAAGGAGAAGGAGGAGGCUGACCAACUGCUGGAACAGCAAAGACUGUAUGCAGACUCAGACAGUGGUGAUGAUUCAGAUAAACGGUCCUGUGAAGAGAGUUGGAGGCUCAUCUCAUCUCUCAGAGAGAAAUUACCUGCCAACAAGGUGCAGUCCAUAGUGAAGAAGUGCGGUUUGCCAAGCAGCGGGAAACGGCGAGAGCCUCUGCGUGUGUAUCAGAUCCCUCAGCGACGGCGUCUUCCUGCCAGCCUCGAAACCAAACAGCACCCAAGUGUGGAGGAGCUGCGUACUCAGGCUGUUAAAGAGAUCUGCUACGAGGUGGCUCUGGGAGAUUUUCGCCACACCCGUCAGGAGAUUGAGGCUCUGUCCAUCGUGCGGAUGAAGGAGCUGUGCAGGACGUACGCACAGAGAGACACUCAGGAGCGAGAGAGCUGGAAAAGUGUGGCGAGGGACGUGUGUAACACUGUGGGCAUCGGAGAGGACGAACCAGAGACCGAGGAGAAAACGUCCGGAGGGAGGGACAGAGAGAAGGAGAGGGGUAGAGGACCAGUGGGAGGGAAAACUGACAUGGGAGAUCUGAAAGCGCACAUCGAUAAGCUGACGGACAUUCUGCAGGAGGUGAAGCUGCAGAACAACAUGAAGGACGAAGAGAUCAGAGCACUCAGGGACAGAAUGGUUAAGAUGGAGAGCAUAUUUCCUGUAGAGCUGCAGGGAGAUGAAGAUUCCAUGACCGACGUAGGUGAAGCCACAUCCGAAGAGGUGACGGAGCAAAGUGGAUGGAGCGGGGAGGACGACGGGUAUCGCCGAGGUCGUCACAGGUGGCAAUAUCCCGAUAGGUAUCAAGACAUCAAGCGUCGCCGCGGCAACGGUGCUUCUUUCAAUCCCCAAAUGGGGCGCGCUCAGAAUAAUCCCUUCGGCAGUGGCGGUGGGGGAUCUGGACGCAUCCCAAACACUUUCUCUACACCUCAGACCGGCCGCGUCCCAAACGGACCGUUUCUACCUGGGACGGGCCGCUUCCUGCCACCUUUAGAGAGGAAGUUUCAGUUUCCUUUUAAGGGAAAUCCUCAGCACCGGGGCUUCCAUUGGGGACCUUCAGCCAGCCAGAGAGAACCAGACACAGAGGAAGGAACUGACUCUAGCUCCUCUUCUUCCUCUGUACACACUUUCCAGUCCCCACCUUCUCCAAAUAAGGGCCAGUGGCAGCGACGUAACCACGGAAACAGAGGGCGCGGUAACCGGAACCGAUCUCGCAACCGGGGACGAAACCCGUUCGACGGAUUUGUUCAGAACCAAUACGAGAAUAACGGAGAGCACACAGAUGGUGCAGGGUCACACCCGAGGGCGAAGUACACUUGGUACAACCCAAAUGUGGGCCCAGUUCAGGACGGCGCCCAACAGAACCAGAACCAGUUGAGCAAACAAGGGUUCCAGAAACACCAGAACCAGUACUAUUACGUUCCUCCCAGGCUUCAAUCCGCAACAUCAGAGAAGAUCCAGAACUGGUCUGGAGAAGGUUCUGAUCCCACAAAUGCCUCGUCCAUUCAUCACGACAUCACCAGCCCUAUGGAGACCUGAUCGGUUCAUUAAUGAGACAGGAAGUGAUGUGGAGGAAUCAGUAAUGUUGAAAUGAUUGAUGUGUUGCUGGAGGAUUAAGAAAGUGUUCAGCUGGAUUUGACGUGUAAUAUGAUAAGGUUUCGCUUUGUGAUCCUUUUGUUUUUGCAGUGGAGACUUUUUUAUUUUUUUUUGACAGAACAAAUGCUGGAAGCAAUUAUCGAUUAUUCUUUAUUCUUAUUACUAAUUAAUUUUAAUAUUUACUCUGUGGGAAAACACUACACACACUUCAUCAUACAUGAGCUUGAAACGGUUUGCGUAUCAGUGCAAUGACGUCAUGGUUUUAAACGCAAACUGCGUCUAAAGUUGUUUUUUUCUUUUCUUUUUCAACAGAAGAAUCAGGCUUCAGGCUUUCAGUGCCUUACGAUACCUACAAUCCUUUAAAGUUUGUUACACAGCGUUGUGAUGAUUUGUGUAUCGAUCAUAUAUAUAUUUUUAUAUAUAUAAAUUCUAAACGUGACAUGAUUCACGUGUGUGGGAAUGAAGACGUGACGUGUACCGCUCUGUUUUUACAAGUAGUUUGGGAUUCUUACGGAUUUUGUAUAUUUGGGAAACAGCUGCUGCAUAACGUUAAAAAAAAACGUACCUUGUUCGCCGGAGUGAGUUUUGUGGCACAAACUUGAACUAAUUUUUAAUCUUAAUUCUUUAUGACUCACAGCCAUGUUUUGUUGUUGGAGUAAACGUCACACUCGUCCACAGCAGGUCUCACUACACACAAAUGUUUUAGUCCACUAUAUUUAUAUACAACACUUUUUCUCUGCACUUUUAUUAAAUCACUACUCCGACACUAACUACACAUGUACACGGUUUAUGUAACCCAAGUGUUCCCCAGUGCACAAACUGGAAGUGUGGCUUUAGUCACGGAUUAAUUCCAGUGACCCCAAAUGUUUAAGGUGCAUAUUUACAUGUCAUAUUUCUUCCUACUUUUUAGAGAUGUAAUUAUUUUUGCCACAAAAUCCACUCUGCAUUGUUGCCUGCUGAGGAAAAACAAACUUACCAAAGAGGUUUAAAGGUCAGAAGUGUGUUAAGGGUGCUGUUGUUUCCACAUCAUCAUGGACACCGUGUUCAGCUCCGAUCUAAAAAUUCUGUAACUUUUUUUCUUUUAUAUUUUUUUUCCUUUUCUGUUCUUUUAGCUUGAAUGUUAUUUCCUUUUUGUUCUGUAGCUUUUCACAGUUCCUAACAAACCCUUUAUUUAACUAUUAUAGAGAAGUUUUUUAACCUGUGGCUUUUCUGUCACACGCAAGAUGAUCUUGUGACCAUGAUAUGCAAUGUUAAAGUUUGACAAUUAAAGAUCUCGUAUGUUACAUGA